UAGUCAAACUCCUUGGAUCUUUACAAAAUUUAACAAAAGGAUAAAACAAAGAAACAACAGAUGAAAUUAACCAAUGUUUUUUCAUGACAAUCUGUUUGUUUUUUUUUUCCCAAACAUACUGGCGAGCUUAUCUCUCACAGUUGCAGAGGUUUAAGGCUGAUUCCUGGUGAUGCAUGGUUCUAAGUCAACUGAAUUUUGAAAUCCAAGAUUACUUUUAAAGAAUCAGUCACAUGUUUGACCUGAAAUUUUGGUAUGAUAUAUCACCCGUAACUGAAGCCUACAUGAGAUUGUUUUUUUUAGAGUCAGUGUUAUGGCUUAUGGUAAAUCAAGAUCUGUAAGAUUCCAAGAUGAUCUUGAAGCAACAAAGUAUGCAACAACUAAUGGAGAUAAUAAUGUGAUCAAAGUGAAGCAUAAGCUUGAUGGAAUACGACAAUCAGAGCCAGCCAGCAGAAAAUCCCUGAAAGCGAAAGUACUAUCACGAGUAUUUUCAGAAGACUAUGAAAGAGCAAACAGAAAGAUUCUGGAUCCUCGAGGACCUAUAAUUCAUAGAUGGAACAAGAUUUUCUUAGUUUCUUGUUUAAUUUCAUUGUUCGUCGACCCUCUAUUGUUUUACUUGCCGGUGGUUCAGGACGAUAUCUGCAUAGAUAUAGGAGUUAAUCUGGAAAUUGCUCUCACAUUUAUUAGAUCAAUAGCUGAUAUCUUUUACAUGAUUCAGAUUUUUGUUCGAUUUAGAACUGCGUAUGUUGCUCCAUCUUCUCGUGUAUUUGGCAGAGGAGAGCUUGUUUUAGAUACUUCAAAGAUAGCAAAAAGAUACUUCAGAAAAGAAUUUUUGAUUGAUGUCAUUGCAGCCCUGCCUUUACCACAGGUAUUAAUUUGGGUCGUUAUCCCUAAUUUAAAGGGCUCAACAAUGGCGAACACAAAGAAUGUCCUCAGAUUCAUUAUCAUUUUUCAGUAUCUCCCUAGACUUUAUCUCAUAUUUCCAUUGUCGUCGCAAAUUGUCAAGGCUACUGGUGUUUUGGCUGAAACAGCAUGGGCAGGAGCUGCUUACAACUUGAUGCUCUACAUGCUAGCAAGCCAUGUAUUGGGAGCUUGUUGGUAUCUUCUAUCAAUUGAGAGGCAAGAAGCUUGUUGGAGAUACGCGUGCAGUCUUGAGAAGCCAUUUUGUGAUUAUGAAUAUUUUGACUGCCAGAGAGUAAAUGAUCCACAAAGGAAGUCCUGGUUCAAUUCCAGCAACAUAACAAGACUAUGUAACCCUAAUAAAAGUGACUACCCGUUUGGUAUUUAUGAUGACGCGGUGACAGUUAGCGUAACAUCUGCUUUGUUUUUCAAUAAGUACUUCUACUGCCUCUGGUGGGGCUUGAAGAACCUAAGUGCUCUAGGACAAGAUCUUUCUACAAGCACUCAUGUUGGAGAAAUAAGUUUUGCCAUCAUAGUUGCAACUUUCGGCCUAGUUCUUUUUGCGUUGCUCAUCGGCAAUAUGCAAACGUACCUCCAGUCGACAACAAUUAGAUUAGAGGAGUGGAGAAUUAGGAGAAUGGAUUCAGAACGAUGGAUGCACCACAGGCAGUUACCUCAAGAAUUAAGGCAGUCGGUAAGGAAAUAUGAUCAAUACAAAUGGGUUGCUACAAGAGGAGUUGAUGAGGAAGCUCUUCUCAAAGGACUUCCUCUAGAUCUUCGCAGAGAUAUCAAGCGCCACCUCUGCUAUGAUUUAGUUAGAAGAGUACCAGUGUUUGAUCAAAUGGAUGAAAGAAUGAUAGAUGCGAUAUGCGAGAGGCUAAAACCUGCAUUAUGCACUCAAGGAACUUGUGUUGUCCGCGAGGGUGAUCCUGUCAAUGAAAUGCUCUUCAUAAUUCGAGGGAAUCUUGAUUCUUACACAACGAAUGGUGGCCGUACUGGUUUCUUUAAUUCUUGCCGUAUUGGUCCAGGUGAUUUCUGUGGUGAGGAACUGCUGACAUGGGCCCUCGAUCCACGUCCAAGUGUGAUUCUACCAUCCUCCACUAGAACAGUGAAAGCAGUUUCUGAAGUAGAGUCGUUCGCACUUGUAGCAGAGGACUUGAAGUUCGUGGCAAAACAGUUUCGGAGGCUGCAUAGCAAACAACUGAGGCACAAAUUCAGGUUCUACUCACACCAGUGGCGUACUUGGGCUGCACGCUUCAUUCAAGUUGCAUACCGAAUAUAUAGAAAACGAAAGGGUGCAGCUGAACUUAAGGCUCUAGAGAACUUUGUGAAUGAAACAGAGUCGUUUAGCGGGCAAUUGGACACGAAUGUCGCACCAUCACCUGGAUCAGGCUUUGCAGCAAGAUGGGCAGCAAAUAGAAGGGGUCUUCACAAGCACACUGAUUCAGAUUCCACUGCAGUUAAUUCAUUACAAAAGCCAGAAGAACCUGAUUUCUCUGUUGAUGAUGAUGAGUAACUUUGAAAAGUGAUACUGCUGUAAGAUAAGGUGGAUAUUUACAUUGGUUUGCAUAUUCUUUUACUAAAAUUUUGAUAUACAGGAACUCUUACUGCAGCUGUUUUACUAUUAACAUUUAUAUUGUAAAGCUCAAGGAAAAGAACUAUGGCCUGAAACUUAGAAGCCUACAGUUUACACAUAAAGAGAUUUCAAUUUGUUUAAA